AAUUAGGGAAUGUAAUUUGAGAUGUACUGCUGCACCUGUAAACUUACUCACCAAAUCCAACACAAGUAGUGACAAUUAAGCCGUCGUCUCCUCUUGCACUUCUUGGAGUGGGGAAGAGGCGUCGACUGGUAAUCCAGGAUGUUGUCGGAGAUGCUGCUGCUGCUGCUUUCUAGAUUUGUGCUGAUCGAGUCCUUGCCCACCCCAAAUCCCACCCUCAACCCGGAUAAGUUUGUCCAAACGGUUUGGAAUCCAAUCUAUCCGUUCAACUAUGAGGUGCCCCCACUGCUCGCCUAUGUCCACGCCAUCGGACAACUCAAAAAUAUCACAUUUGGAAACCCAUACGCCGACCUGGAAAGGGUGGUUCGAGGGUCCACUGCAUACUGGCCAGUGCAAUACUGCGGGGUGCACUUUGUCAACAAGGGUGAAGGUUACAUCCUGUCUGACCGAGCGUUCGAUUACCAGCCCACAAACGAUCUACGCUGCGUCUGGGGUUUCGUGGGGGAUAAUUUCUGCACUCCACGAAUUGAAUGUCCAGAGUUUCAUAGCGUACCGGGAGCCUCUUGUCGUUCCAACUAUGUUCAGAUCACUGAUGGCGGAGCGUCCUUCAUUCAUCAUUUUUGCGACGAUGGGGCGAGGUCACCCGGCAAGAACGAGUCUUACAUAGCCAAGGACGGAGUGUUGGACGUGGUUUUCCGCUACUCUAACCCCCUACAACGGCCCAAGUUCACCUGCUGGGUCAGCUGCGAUAACUAUCCAGUGAAUUACACGGUAAGCGGGUCCAACGCGUUGGGGUCACAAACGCCGCUGACGGUUAAAGUCCACCCUCCCCAUCAGACCGGAGUUGUAGACACGCUCCCAGCUCCAAAAAUUAGUCCCAAGUGCAAUUGUGGAGUUGGAAACAACAAACGUGCUGGAAGUACCAAUGAUGGUGGUACUAGCAGUACAACGUCCCCAUUGCCAUCGGUGAAUCGGACGCAACGAGUGGUAGGAGGUCGUGUGACCCUCCCCAAUCAGUACCCGUGGAUGGUGGGGCUGCUGAGCAAGGAGGGGAAGCUGCCGUACUGUGGAGCUGUCCUCGUGUCUGCAGAGUACAUAAUCACGGCCCAGCAUUGUGUGGAAGAUGAGGACCUUGAGGACAUUAUUGUUGUCUUGAACGAGCACGACUUUUACAACGAGACUGAGGGGAUGGGGGCGGCUGUGCGCAGGGGUGUAGUGGAGGUGAUCAAUUAUCCUUACUACAUGGAGUCCACAUUCUCGGGGGACAUUUCCCUCCUUCGCCUCAGUCGACCCGUACAAAUAGCCCAACCCCAGUUCACCCCAGUCUGCCUCCCCCCACCAACGUCCGCAUGGGUGGACUUCUCGACCUCUGGAAGGGCUGAUCCUUCUACUUUGGCGGAUGGUGGGGAGAAAUGGGUAGGAAGUGAGGUACUGGCGAUGGGCUGGGGGACCACCCACGGAGGACCAGGUGCCUCAAAGUCUCCCAAACUCCUUGAAGUUCCGCUCGUCGUCUUACCAAACCAAGCUUGCAACGACUACCACUCUCACGACCCUCCAGAACCACCACAAGUCAUGGACAAUAUGCUCUGUGCAGGUUAUGCUGAAGGAGGUCGGGACACUUGCGCUGGAGAUAGCGGGGGUCCUUUGAUAGGGUUAAACAAGUCAUCUGGAAAGUAUGCCGCAAUUGGGGUCACAAGUUGGGGAUUUGGAUGCGCCAUUAGGCUCAACCCGGGCGUCUUCUCACGAGUUUCCGCAUUCAUGUACUGGAUCCGAAUGCACACAGUGGAUGGUCACUUUUGCGAAUAAACUUAGCUCCUCUUUCAUGUCUGA